UGGAACCGGAACGAAGCCCGGAACGGGAUCACGGGACUUCCUGGGGAUCCCUUCGAGCAGGGAGUUCCUGUAGGGUUUGUGUUUUCUAACUGAACCCGCUACCGCGGAAAGUCCAGCGGAGCCCGGAUGCGUCCCAGGAUGAUCCCGACCGAGGAUGCGUCGGCCCGGAAGAGGGAGAUCGAGGAGAAGCUGAAGCAGGAGCAGGACCAGCUUUCCUUCAUUCGUGAAAACCUGGAUAAAAGCAACCAGUUAACCAAAAGCAUGGUGUCCAUCCUGUCAUCGUUCGAGAGCCGCCUCAUGCAGCUGGAGAACUCCAUCAUCCCCGUGCACAAGCAGACGGAGAAUCUGCAGCGGCUUCAGGAGAACGUGGACAAGACCCUGUCCUGCCUGGACCACGUCAUCAGCUACUACCACGUGGCCAAGGAGACCGACAAGAUCAUCAAGGAAGGACCUGCUGGUCGCCUGGACGAGUACCUGGCCUGCAUUGCAAAGAUCCAGAAAGCGGUGGAGUACUUUCAGGAUAACAACCCCGACAGUCCUGAGCUCAACACUGUGAAAGCACGUUUCGAGAAGGGCAAGGAGCUGCUGGAGGCGGAGUUCCGCAGCCUGCUGACACGCUACAGCAAGCCGGUGCCACCCAUCCUCAUCCUGGAUGCCAUCGGGACGGACGAAGACCUGGAGGUGCAGGAAGAAGUGGUGCUGGAGCACCUCCCCGAGGCCGCAUUGCAGGACAUCAUCUGCAUCUCGGCCUGGCUGGUGGAGUACGGACGCAACCAGGACUUCAUGAAUGUAUACUAUCAGAUCCGCUCCAGCCAGUUGGAUCGCUCCAUCAAGGGCCUGAAGGAGCACUUCCGCAAAAACAGCGCCUCCUCGGGAGUGCUCUACUCCCCUGCUGUGCCAAUCAAGCGCAAGGACACGCCCACGAAGAAGCCGCCCAAGAGGCCGGGGACGAUCCGUAAGGCUCAGAACCUUCUGAAACAGUACUCUCAGCACGCGCUCGAAGGGAAAAGGGGGGGCUGUAACUUCACUCCUCUGGAAGGUCACGAUCUUGACCUGCGGGUCAGACACGUCUCUGACGCCCUGAACGAGAAGCACGGGGCAGCCGCAGGCAAGGACGACAUGCUGGACGUGGAGAUCGACUCCUACAUCCACUGCAUCAGCGCGUUCGUGAAGCUGGCGCAGAGCGAGUACGCCCUGCUCACGGAGAUCAUCCCCGAGCACCACCAAAAGAAGACCUUCGACUCGCUCAUCCAGGAGGCCCUGGACAGCCUGAUGCUGGAGGGUGAAGGCAUCGUGUCCGCGGCGCGCCGAGCCACCCUGCGGCACGACUACUCGGCUGUGCUGACCAUCUUCCCCAUCCUGCGGCACCUGAAGCAGACCAAGCCGGAGUUUGACACCACGCUGCAGGGAACUGCAGCCAGCACCAAGAACAAGCUCCCCACCCUCAUAACCUCCAUGGAGACAGUUGGUGCGAAGGCUCUGGAGGAGUUCGCCGACAGCAUCAAGGUGCGGCUCUGUCUCUUCCAAAACCUUUAACUAGUAAAAUAUCCUGCUAGGCAGUGGUGUUUACUGCCACUCAAACCACAUGUCUGUGCGAGGACUUCGAUGUACUCUGCUGAGUGCUGCCCUUUCUGGC